AUGUCUGCGAUAUACGGUGAGGCAAUCGGCAAGAUUGUGGAAGAGGAGAGAGAAGACCUUCGACUCGUAGCUGGCAAGAUCAUCCGCACCAUGGCCCUCGCAGGCGUUGCCGUCGCCAGCUUCUGGUCACAUCGCUGGCCAGCAGGGGACUCGUCCGCGACAUUCCCCACGCAUUCUGGCCCUGAGUGGACGGAGAACUUUCAGGACUUCGUCGGCGACCUUCACGAAAUGACUGAACACAAGUCUAGCAGCGCCUCCGAGCUCUUCUACGCCAUGGGCAUCCGGACUGCAGAGGAUCUUGCUUACAGUAACGACAACGGCCCAAUACUACUCAUCGUCGAUCGCGGCAUCACCCUCAUCGUGCCGGAGUCUCCUACCCGCCUCGCCCAGUUCAUCGACAUACCCCUCGAGCACGUGACGAGUAUCAUCAUCCGCAGGACCCAGAUCAACACCGACUCAGGCCACGCGACCGACCUUGCUCAGAAUGAGCUUGUGCUCGGGCUGUCCAGGGAGCCGUGGUCGUACCUGCUUAACGCCGCCGAAGAACGGGCGAACGAGCUCGCGAUAGCGAUGCGCGAUGCCGACGUCGCUGCGCAGGCUGUCGCUGCGAUCGAGUGCCAGCGGAUGCCGGCUAGCCAGAAGGUCUCGACUAUUCAGACGCUGGAUGUGAGCAAGCGGCCUGCUGCUCCAAGUUCUGAAGAACAGGCUGCCGAGCUUGUGUCUCAGAUCGUGCCGGAUUCUGUACCUGUCGAAGCUCAUCCUGUGCAAUCUCUUCACCGGCUCAGUCCGGAGCCUGCGGAGGCGCACGUCGAAGCAUACGAACCUUCCUCGGACAGAAUGAACUUGGUGCUGUCGCCGACCGUUCCGGCCGAGAAGGCUACGGCACCCAGGGUAACGCCAUCUCGUUCAGCCGCAAGCCGUACAGCAGCUGCCACCCCUAGCACCGGAAGGGUCCAUUCAGAGGCACCAGCACCACGUCCAGGUGCAGCCAUGACGGCGCUCAAGGAAGCGAGAUCCCGCCGAGCCGCAGAUGUCAAAAUGAUUGCCACUCCAAGCACCAAACGAGCUCGUGUUGAUGCACCUGCUACACUUCCAGCAGCGAAGCGGCCCAAGGUCUCGAAAAGAGCUGCGGGUGCAUCAGAUGGUCCCUCCGAAGAAAUUAAUGUGUACGACAUGCCAACGAGCCCUGCAACAAAAAAGAAGCCUGUCAGCAAAAGUGCUACCAAGAAAGGUAUUGCGAAGCCCAAGUCCAAGCCGAAGCCCAAGUCAUCGUCCUCUGCAUCCUCCAGACGGUCACGCAAGCAGACUGUGCGAGCUGCUACAAAGUCGAAGAAGCCGGCCGUCGAGUCUGACGCGGAAGACGUGAUGGAUGUAGAUUACAAGAGCCCCCAAGCGGCCCCGGCUCCUGUUGCGUCUUCGAUGAAGCGUGUCAUCAGGUCGGCGGCGGCGCCCGAUAUGACAGUCGAAGCACGAAGGCAUCGAUCCGCGAAACCCUAUACGCACCCUUCCGAUUCUCCCCACGAGACCUACGAAGCGUUCGAAGAAGAGGUGCUGGCGCUGCCGGCCGACGAAGAACCAGGCGGUGGAUUGAGUGCGCCUGCCGUCCCAGCUGCAGCUGAGACUGCUGGUCCAACACCCAACAGCGCUGCUGAGACGCCUGCCGAUGCUGGCGAAUCCCUAGACAACGCGAUCAACAUCCACUCCGAUCCGCCUGUAGACGACGAGUUCACAGACCUGUCUGAUCUAGAGGAGGACAAGCAGCCACCGGCCGCCGUUCCACAAACUGUUCAACCUCAUCAGCUUCGCCUUCCUGAGUCAGCACCCGAUCCUGCGAGGAGGGUUACGAGAAGUGCGUCUGGCAAUCCGCUGAUUGACACCGCUCGUGCUCGCAAGGAGUCGAUCAUUGCGUUCGACCGCCGUGGACCGCGGAACCAGGGUGCCGGUUUGAGUGCUGUUAGAAGUAGCUCGCCGGUUGUAAAGAGGGACGGAAGGGUGGACGGUGGAGCUGUAGAUGCUCAUCCAGAUAUAGAGAUGGAGGAUCACGUGGAUGGCCCGUUCACCAAUGAGACUCCUUCGCCUUCGCAACAACGAAUGCUCGCCCGACGGGACGAUAAAACUGCAUCACAACAUCCUGUCAGCGAAAACCCGAAAUCAACGAACACAUUGCAUACGACAAGCUCUACAGCUCCAGCAAGAAUGGCUGAUCCGAGAGUUACCUCAGAUCUCAUGGAGGUUGGGGAGGAUCUUCAAGAGGCAUUUGGAAGCAUGCUUCAUCGUACUGCUAAACCUCACGAAGAUCCGACCAUGACUGCUGAAACGGUCAACAUCACGGCCGCAAGUGCUACACCGGCGAUCAUCGAUCUUCCAACUGCUCAUCGCAGCAUCAAUCCGUCUGAGGUUGAAGACAACGUCUCGAAGUCCUUUGGCGGCGCGGUUGGUGGGAUGUCUGAAGCUCACAAAACGGUCAACACCAAGAUGCUCAAUCCUGGAGCUGCGAUCUUCCAUCCCUCGAAGAAUAUCCCCGGCAUGAAUGUGUCGUCGGCAGAUGACAAUAUCUCGAAGUCUCUCAGCAGCAGUCUUGAUGAGCAUUCUGACGCUCACGAAGAUCAAGUUGCUGUCGCGAGGAUGGUCAACGUCACCGCUCCUCGCACCAACGCAGCUUUGAUCGAUUUGUCGACCACCAAACAGCCCACCAUCUCGUUUGCUAUCGAUCCAGGUCUCUCGCAAGCAUUCAAGAGUCGCCUUAAUUCUUCCACCACUCGCUCCGCCCCAACUACUGCUACUAGGAUCUUCAACGUCACGGCAUUGAACACGCACACAUCCGCUGAGGAUCUUUCAGGCGUCAACCAGGCCAUCCAAUCUUUGGCAACAGUACGCAAGCGUGAUACCACUCAGCGCACCGCGUCGACACCCCAGACUGCCCAUCGCGACUCGAAGAAAGUUCGCAUCUCCCCUCACACGCCCGAGGACGUCGUCUACGACAUGGACACGUCUGUGCUCGACAACACCAUCACAGCUGCGAACAGGCUUCGCUGGGACACGCCUGCCCCUCGUAGCGGCUCAGCCCACAAGGUCGACCGCAACGGCAGCCCCAUCCCGCUGAUUCGCACGGCGAACAACACGCCAACCGGCGUACUUGACGCCUUUGUCGAGACCAUGGAGGGCGUUGGCGGUGGCACCGAUCUUCAUGAGGGCGCUACCUUCUCGGUGUAUGAGGAUCAUGGCUAUCCUCACCUUACCUCCCCGUCGCCGGCACACAUCCAUGGCAGCGUGUCGUCUCCCUUCAAGCCUUACGUCGCUUGUGAUGGCAGUGAAGUGGAUGAGCAGGACUAUAGGACUGCUCUACGCGUACGCAACCCGGACAUCCCGGCUCUCACUACAACCGCCAACUCUGCUAUGGACGCAACUCUUACCAGAACCACGAGCUUGAACAUGAAUAUCAACAUGGAGCCAUUCCCGCACGUCAUGUCCAGCAACACCAAGCCUCUCCCCCAACCCCCGCAGGCAGAGAGUCGCGCCAUCUCGGGCUAUGCGAGCGAGUACGAAGUCGAGACGGUCGCUAGGCGCAGCGCAGAACGCAGGGAAAGUGAUCCCUUCAGGGGCCCGAGCAUGGGAUUAGGACGUGAUGGUAUGCCUGGAGGCGAAACCUCCUUUGUCAGGCUCAUAAGGGAGAAGACUGGUGUGCACCAGACGAUGCAGCAAGAGAUGGCCUACAACCCCAACCCGCGCUUCGAAUCCGCCUCCGCGCCGGCCUGCUUCUAUCCCGCCCCACCUAGCAACGCACCGGAGGAGCAUGAGACGGCUGGCGAUGCGACGCUCGAGGGUGCUGUAGGAGAAUCACAGGGCAGCUCCACGACCUCGUCGUCCACGACCGCAGUCUCCUCGACCGCCCAGGCUGAGAGCAUGGCGUGGGACAGCUCGCUGCAGGCGCACCAGGUCGCCAUCCUGGAGCAGCUCACGGCGAUCAGCCACCGCCUCAUCUCCCACGCCUCGGCGACGGCGGGCGCAGUCAACGACCACGUCUCCGACUACGCUCGCGCUGGUGGCGCCGUCGUCGCUGCCGUGCACACCGAGCACGAGGCCGAGCGCCGUGCUUCCAGGGUGGCGGCGGCGGCGGCGCAGGCGGAGGCCGGCCGGCGCCUCGCGGGCUUGGGGGUGAAGCUCGCGGGGCGCCUUGCGGCGUUCAGGCGGGCUUAG